GCAUCACAGAGAGUACAGCGCGUGCGCUCCGCUGCUUCGGUCCUUCUCGCGAAUAUGGCGGCGCCUGGGCUCUCCAGCCGGGCCGGUUCAGCUGGCAGUAGCCCCACCGCCACCCCGAGCAGCACCAAACACGUCCCGCACUCCCCCGAGCUGGACUUCAGGUCCGGAACCAGGAUCGAGGAGCUUAACCGGCUGAUCGCCGAAUUCAGCAAGUACGAGCAGCGCGAGUACGACGACCAGCGCGCGCUCGAGAUCCACACGGCCAAAGACUUCAUCUUCUCUAUGCUCGGCAUGGUGCAGAAGUUGGACCAGAAGCUUCCGGUUGCCAACGAGUACCUGCUGUUGUCCGGCGGGGUCCGGGAAGGUGUGAUUGACAUGGAUCUGGAUGAGUUAACGGUGUACGCGCGGGGAGCUGAUUACGACAUGGACUUCACGUUACUGGUUCCCGCACUAAAACUCCACGACAGAAACCAGCCGGUCACGCUAGACAUGCGUCAGUCGGCGCUCUGCCACUCCUGGCUCAGCCUGCGUCUGUUUGACGAGGGAACCAUCAACAAAUGGAAGGACUGUUGCACUGUUGUAGACCAUGUUAACGGUGCCACCAAUUACUUUUUCUCACCCACACUGGUGGCCGACUGGUUCUACGAAUCCAUUAGUAUGGUCCUGGCGGAGAUUCAGAAGAAACCUCAGCGCGGUGUCCCUCGGGUCGAGAAGGUCGAGCGCAACGCAACCGUCAUCUCCAUCAUUUUGGGCGUCGGAGGCAGUCGGAUGCUGUACGAUGUGGUUCCUGUAGUCUCGUUUAAAGGAUGGCCAGCGGUGGCCCAAAGCUGGCUAAUGGAAAACCAUUUUUGGGACGGGAAAAUCACGGAGGAGGAAGUGAUUAGCGGGUUUUAUUUGCUGCCUGCGUGCUCUUCAACAGGCCAGAAGGAAAACGAAUGGCGCUUGUCAUUUGCGCGCAGCGAGGUGCAGCUGAAGAAGUGCAUCUCUGCGAGUCUCAUGCAGGCAUACCAGGCUUGUAAAGCUCUGAUUAUUAAGCUUCUGUCUCGACCCAAAGCCAUCAGUCCAUAUCACCUGCGCUCGCUCAUGCUUUGGGCCUGCGACCGCCUGCCACAUACAUACUUGGCGCAGGAAGAUUACGCCGCGCACUUUUUGCUCGGGUUGAUCGAUGACUUGCAGCACUGCUUGGUGAAUAAGACCUGCCCGAAUUACUUUAUCCCGCAAUGCAACAUGCUAGAGCACCUCAGCGACGACAUGGCCAUGUUGCAUGCACGCAAGUUGUCAUCUGUUCGCUCCGACCCAGCAGAACACUUGCGCAGCGCGAUCGAACAUGCAAAAGCCGCAUCACGACUCACGCUUGAGCUCCAUUGGCGUGGAGGAAGCUCAAACCUGUCAUCUCCUCUGUCCAACACCGGAGCUGAUCAGCAACCGGACGACCGGCUCGCGAAGAAACUCCAGCAGCUGGUCACGGAGAAUCCUGGGAAGUCUAUCUCAGUCUUCAUCAAUCCAGACGAUGUCACGCGACCUCACUUUCGCAUUGAUGACAAAUUCUUUUGAAGCCACGUCUAUUGAUCUGACUGGGAACAAGCUCACUUUCGCAUCAAUGAUACAUUUUUCUGAAGCCACACCCCUGAUCUGAUUGGGUGCUGACUGCAGAUGGUGUCACAUGACCUCACUUUUGCAUCAAUGAUAAAGUCUUCUGAAACCACGCCCAUUGAUCUGAUUGGGAGCUGACGACUUCAGCUUUAAUUAUAAAUUCUUCUCAAGCCACACCCUCUGAUCUAAUUGGGCGCUGACUGCAGACUACCUCACUGUAGCAUUAAUCAUCAAUUCUUCUCAAGCCACACCCCC